AACAUGCACCAGAUCGCCUUUUGAUUCAUGGGUUUCACAGGGCACCGCAUUUUGCUCAUAGGCCUUGCAUAUAUACAUGGGGAUUUCAUGCCACACUUUACAGUGCUGCAUAGCCAUACAUGCAUCGAUCCCUAGCUCUUUGCUUGCCGCGGAUUUCUCCUGCUCAUACAACACAAGCCAUGAGGGGUUUCCAGCUGCUACUCAUCAUAGUGGCAUUGCUUGCCGGGGAGUUGCACUGCGCAAGAGCAGCAUCAGCAGCAGAUGCACCGGAGGCUGCACCACAGUCCCCCGAAGCACCAACAGCAGAUGAGCAAACGCCACCGCAGGCGCCUGGGCCAACAUCACCACCUCCACCUCCACGACGUCGGGGAUCACCACAUCGACGGCCACCAGCACCGACGGAUCAGCAGGAUCCAGCACCGCCAAGGUUGGUCGUGCCACCACAGGAACCUCCUGCACCGGCACCACCUGGAAUGACGAUCAACCGCACUACGGGCUGUACUACACUCCUUGUACUUGGAGACUCAACCGUGGACCCUGGAAACAACAACCAUCUGCCCACCACAGCCAGGGCAAAUUUCUUGCCCUACGGCUUGAACUUCUACGGUCGCAGGCCGACUGGCCGAUUCACCAAUGGCCGGUUAGCCACAGAUAUGUUAGCUGAGAAACUAGGCAUAUCCAGGAUUAUUCCAGGUUUCUUUGACCCAAAUCUGAGGCUGGCCCAGCUCAGGAGGGGUGUGAGCUUUGCAUCAGGCGGCUCCGGAUAUGACGACAGCACUGCCAACAGAAUAAAUGUGGUGUCAUUCUCUGAACAAGUGCACAACCUCUUCCGUUACAAGCUACUUAUCCGAACACUGCUUGGACCAAGAAGAGCAGAGCGACUUGUUAACAGGGCUGCCUUUGUGAUAAGCACUGGUACAAACGAUUUGCUUUCAGUCUACCUUGCAUCGAAUCGGUCGAAUGCAAUUAGUAUGGAACUGUAUGAGAAUCACCUGACAGCACAUGUCGCUAAUUAUACCCAGGCCAUGAUAAUGCUUGGAGGAAGGAGAUUUAUUUUUGUUGGACUGCCCCCGAUGGGUUGCUUGCCGAUUGCCCGGACUUUAGUGGGCACAGGAUCGGACAGAUGCGACGAGACGUUAAAUCAGCUUGCCAAUUCGUUCAACUCAAAGCUGAUUCAGCUGUUGAAUUUCAUAAAUUUUCAGCACCAGAUACGGACUUCAUACAUAGACACAUAUACUACCAUACAUGAUGCAACGGUGGAUCCUAGUACCUUUGGCCUAACUGAAGUGUCAAGAGGGUGCUGCGGAUCGGGGGUGAUCGAAGUUGGGCAAACAUGCCGAGGGCGAAGAACAUGUGGAGACCCUAGCAAGUACCUGUACUGGGAUGCUGUCCAUCCAACGGAAAGGACGAACCAAGUCAUCGCGAAUAUGAUGAUGGAUUCCAUUGGAGAACUCUACAGCUAGGCUCAAGUAUGAAGGGAAGGCUAGUUGUAUCAGAGUCAUGUGUAUCCAAAUGUACUAGAGCUAAUAUACACAUAUGGUCUAGUUUGAACUGGAAGAGAGGUACGCUAGAGUGAACUGUGUCCAAGGCAUGAGAAGUGUGAGACCAUGAGAGAUUCGCUCCAGUGUCAAAUUGCUGAGUGGCGUCAACCGAUUAGUGGGGUAAGUGAUGUCGAUCUUGUUAGGAAUGCGCAUUGGUAUGGUAAUAUACAGAAUUGAACCA